AUGGAUCCUCGUCGCGCGCAGAAUCUGCGCCGGACGCCGUCGCCGAGUCAUCCUCUGCAUCAGGGCUACCAACUCGACGACCAGCCUUAUGGCCACCAGCAAUACGACAUGGCCACUCCUGGCGCCCAUCCUCAGCGCUUUGGCACGCCCUCUGACCAGCUCAAUAUUCAUGCCGCCUGCUCACCUCUCCCCCGCCGUCAGCAAUCCGUCGACACCCUCGGCCACUACGACCAGAGCCAUGCCGGUAGCCACGUCGGCCAGCCGCCGCACCGCGGCGAAUACAGCGUAAACCCCGAGGCGCAUCACGACCAGUACUACAACUCGCCGUACGAGCCCGGUCUCCACGACGGCGGCUACGACCAGGGCCGUAGCGGCGGCUAUGACCAGGCCGGAUACAGCCACCAGGGCUACGAGCAGAAUGACUACUCCGACACUGGCCACCCCGCGCUGCAGCAGCAAGACCAGCGCCUCUUGCAAGACGACCCGGCCCAGCAGCAACAUCCGACGCAGCCCUCUCUUGCUGGCGGCCCCGCCAUCAAGCGAUGGAAAACCGUCAAGCAGGUUCUCCUCUACCGCGGCAACCUCGUCCUCGACUGCCCCGUCCCGCCCAUCAUGCUCCAGCAGAACCCCCACGGCGAGCGCGACGAAUUCACCCACAUGCGCUACACGGCCGCCACCUGCGACCCCUCGGACUUUUACAAUGAAAACUUUACCCUCCGCCAGAAGCUCUUUAGUAAGCCCCGUCACACGGAGCUCUUCAUCGUCGUCACCAUGUACAACGAGGACGACGUCCUCUUUGCCCGUACCAUGAUUGGCGUCUUCAAGAAUAUCGAGUUCAUGUGCAACCGCCCCAACAGCAAGACCUGGGGCAAGGACGCCUGGAAAAAGAUUGUCGUCUGUGUCGUCUCCGACGGCCGCGCCAAGAUCAACGAGCGCACCAAGGCCGUCCUGUCCGGUCUCGGUGUCUACCAGGAGGGUAUUGCCAAACAGCAGGUCAACGGCAAAGACGUCACGGCGCACAUUUACGAGUACACCACGCAAACCCACAUCACACUCAAAAACGACGUCGUCGGCCUCGUCCACCGCCGCCAGCCCGUGCAGAUGCUCUUUUGCCUCAAGGAGAAGAACCAAAAAAAGAUCAACUCGCACCGCUGGUUCUUCCAGGCCUUUGGCCGCGUGCUCGAUCCCAACAUUUGCGUCCUGAUUGACGCCGGUACGCGCCCCGGCCACAACUCCAUCUACCACCUCUGGAAGGCCUUUGACCUCGAGCCCAUGUGCGGCGGCGCCUGCGGCGAGAUCAAGGCCAUGCUGGGGCGUGGCGGCAAGAACCUGCUCAACCCUCUGGUGGCUACGCAAAACUUUGAGUACAAAAUGAGCAACAUUCUAGACAAGCCGCUCGAGUCCGCCUUUGGCUUCAUCUCGGUCCUGCCCGGCGCCUUUUCCGCCUACCGCUACGUUGCCCUACAAAACGACAAGAACGGCCAAGGUCCCCUCGAAAAGUACUUUUUGGGCGAGACGCUCCACGGCGGUAGCAGCGCCGGCCUAUUCGAGUCCAACAUGUACCUGGCCGAGGAUCGCAUUCUCUGCUUUGAGCUCGUCACAAAGCGCAACUGCCACUGGAUCCUGCAGUAUGUCAAGUCGGCGACGGGCGAGACCGACGUACCUGAUACCGUCACCGAGCUGGUCUUGCAGCGUCGUCGCUGGCUCAACGGCUCCUUUUUCGCUGCCAUUUAUGCCAUUGCUCACUUUUACGAAUUCUUCCGCUCCGACCACUCCAUUCUUCGCAAGAUGGCAUUUUUUGUCGAGUUUGUCUUCAACACCAUUAACAUGAUCUUUGCAUGGUUUGCCAUUGGCAAUUUCUUCUUGGUUUUUCGAAUUCUCACGUCUAGUCUAAGUGCCAAAGACUUGCUUGGCAGGACCGGUCAGAUUCUCAGUAUUGUCUUGACCUGGUUGUACGGCGUGUCGCUCAUGACUUGCUUCGUCUUGUCCAUGGGCAAUCGUCCAGCUGGCUCCGGAAGGUUAUACGCCAUGAUGGUCUGGUUCUGGGCCGUCUUGAUGAUCUACCUCAUGUUUGCCGCCAUCUUCAUCUCCGUCAACGCCAUCAUUACCGACCUGAACAAGCACAACUUUUCCAUCGACCAGCUCUUUACAAAUCCAGUAUUUGCCACGCUCAUCGUCUCCGUCAUGUCGACCUUUGGUAUCUGGCUCGUGGCCUCGAUCAUCAUGUUUGACCCGUGGCACAUGUUCACCUCGUUCAUCCAGUACAUGCUGCUGACACCGACCUACACCAACGUGCUGAACGUCUACGCCUUUUGCAACACGCACGACGUCUCGUGGGGCACCAAGGGCGACGACAAGGUGGAGAAGCUGCCGUCGGUCAACACAAAGGACGGCGCUGGCAAGACGGACCUGCCCGACGAGGGCGACCUCAACGCCCAGUACCAGCGCGAGUUGCAGGUGUUUGCGACCAAGUUCAAGGAGGUCAAGAAACCCCCCACGGCUGUCCAGCUGCAGGAACAGCAGAUGGACUACUACCGCGGCGUGCGCACCGGUGUCGUCCUCGUCUGGAUGCUGACCAACUUUGCCGUCGUGGCCGUUGUGCUGAGUUCCGCCGGCCUCGAGGACGUGACGCCAGAAACGACGCAGCAGGAGCAGCGCACGAAACGUACCACUAUAUACAUGGCCGUUGUGCUGUGGAGUGUCGCAGUUCUGAGUGCAUUCAAGUUUGUCGGCGCCAUGUGGUUCCUCAUUUUGGCCUUUUGGCUGCGACGAGCCACGAUUGGCACGCGGGCUGCAAAAAGGUGGCAGCUGUCCAACUUUUACUCCUUCAUGUUUGUUACUUUUUAUGUUCUUCGCUCACCCACGUAA